UGUUUCACUCCUGCUCCAUCUAUAUUUAGCUUGUGGAAGCUUUGACAAGUAGGCCAGAACUAGGAUCAAUGAGCUGAUACAGGGUGCUCAAUGAAAUUACUUCUGUGAUCAAACAGUGUGGGAAAUUAAGGCUUGUUUUCUUUUCGAAAGAUGGCAUCAGAAGGCUCUGACAUGGGUUCCACGGGAGAAAUCAAUGGCUCGGGUAAUCUCAUGGACUUCCUGGAUGAGCCCAUACCAGACGUAGGGACCUAUGAGGACUUCCACACCAUCGACUGGCUGAGAGAGAAAUCCCGGGACACAGACCGGCACAGGAAGAUUGCCAAUAAAAGUAAAGAAUCGAUAUGGGAGUUCAUAAAAGGUCUGCUGGAUGCCUGGUCAGGAUGGGUGGUGAUGCUUCUAAUUGGGCUUCUGGCAGGUACACUAGCAGGUGUGAUCGAUCUAGCGGUGGACUGGAUGACAGAUUUGAAAGAGGGCGUGUGUCUCUCUGCUUUCUGGUACAGCCAUGAGCAGUGCUGCUGGACCUCCAACGAGACCACCUUUGAUGACCGGGAUAAGUGCCCUCAGUGGCAGAAAUGGUCCGAGCUUAUGGUCGGACGAUCGGAGGGUGCCAGCGCUUAUGUGUUGAACUACUUCCUGUACGUGAUGUGGGCUCUCACCUUUGCUUUCCUGGCAGUGUCUUUAGUCCGAGUUUUCGCCCCAUAUGCCUGCGGGUCUGGGAUUCCAGAAAUCAAGACCAUCCUGAGUGGUUUCAUCAUCAGAGGCUACUUGGGAAAGUGGACCCUUCUGAUUAAGACGGUGACCCUGGUGCUGGCCGUGUCCUCAGGGCUCAGCUUGGGGAAGGAGGGGCCUCUUGUUCAUGUGGCCUGUUGCUGUGGCAACCUCUUCAGCGGCCUCUUUUCCAAGUACAGCAAGAAUGAGGCAAAGCGGAGAGAGGUUUUGUCAGCUGCUGCUGCUGCUGGAGUGUCGGUUGCCUUUGGCGCUCCGAUCGGAGGAGUACUUUUCAGCCUUGAGGAGGUGAGCUACUAUUUCCCACUGAAGACCUUGUGGAGGUCCUUCUUUGCAGCUCUGGUAGCAGCCUUUACCCUGCGCUCCAUCAACCCCUUUGGAAACAGCCGGCUGGUGCUGUUCUAUGUGGAGUACCACACCCCCUGGUACAUGGCAGAGCUCUUCCCCUUCAUCCUGCUGGGUGUCUUUGGGGGGCUGUGGGGGACCCUCUUUGUCCGCGGCAACAUUGCCUGGUGCCAUCGCCGCAAGACCACGCUGCUGGGCAAGUACCCUGUGCUGGAGGUGAUUGCAGUGACAGCCAUCACUGCCAUCGUGGCCUUCCCCAACCCGUACACACGGCGCAGCACCAGCGAGCUCAUCUCGGAGCUCUUCAAUGACUGUGGAGCGCUUGAGUCCUCCCAGCUCUGCGACUACAUCAAUGACUCAAACAUGACCCGACCUAUAGAUGAUAUCCCUGACCGCCCUGCUGGCCCCGGUGUCUAUGCAGCUCUGUGGCAGCUCGCGCUGGCGCUCAUCUUCAAAAUUGUCAUCACCAUCUUCACCUUUGGCAUGAAGAUUCCUUCAGGACUGUUUAUCCCCAGUAUGGCUGUGGGUGCCAUUGCUGGCAGGAUAGUUGGAAUAGGUGUAGAGCAGAUGGCCUACCACCAUCAUGACUGGAUUAUCUUCAAGAACUGGUGCCGACCAGGUGCUGACUGUGUUACUCCAGGACUGUACGCCAUGGUGGGGGCUGCAGCUUGCUUAGGCGGAGUUACCAGAAUGACAGUUUCUCUGGUUGUGAUCAUGUUCGAGUUGACGGGGGGCCUAGAGUACAUCGUACCCCUCAUGGCUGCCGCUGUCACCAGCAAGUGGGUGGCAGAUGCCUUUGGGAAGGAGGGCAUCUACGAAUCGCACAUCCAUCUGAACGGCUACCCUUUCUUGGACGUGAAGGACGAGUUCACGCACCGCACGCUGGCCACUGACGUGAUGCGGCCGCGGCGCAGUGAGCCCCCCCUGGCUGUCCUCACCCAGGACAGCACCACUGUGGAGGACGUGGAGACCCUCAUCAAAGACACCGACUACAAUGGCUUUCCUGUGGUGGUGUCCAAAGAGUCAGAACGACUAAUCGGCUUCGUUCAGAGGAGAGACCUCCUCCUGGCCAUCAAAAGUGCCAGACAGAAGCAGGAUGGUGUUGUGAGUAGCUCUGUGGUGUACUUCAUUGAGGACACCCCACAGUCACCUGCCAGCAGCCCCCAGUCCCUCAAGCUGCGACGCAUCCUCAACCUGUGCCCAUUCACAGUGACCGACCACACCCCCAUGGAGACAGUAGUGGACAUUUUCCGCAAACUGGGGCUCCGCCAGUGCCUUGUCACCCGCAGUGGGCGCCUCUUAGGCAUUAUAACUAAAAAGGACGUUCUCCGACACAUGGCCCAAAUGGCAAACCAAGACCCUGAAUCUAUCAUGUUCAAUUAAUCAGUGUCAUAGGUGGAUGAAGUCCAUGCUUGCUGAUACCUUCAAGGAGUUUCUAAGCUUAUACUGUAAUGCCAACGAAAGCACCCAGGGCCUUGCUGGGAGGACUUGCUGAAAUGGGAAAGGAAUCAGAAGAGACAGCCUCUGGGGUUUGCAGGGUCUUUGUUGAUGCCACAGCAAAUGUCAUGCUAAGCUUUUAUCUUUUAAAAGUUGUCCUACCCUGGAACAAAUUUAACAAAGCAUUAAUAUUUUCGCAGUAAUACUGUAGUGUGAAAUCAUUAUCAACAACAUAAAUAAUUUAUAAACAGAGUAGGUGGGGCUGGCAGAGUUAAAGGGACACAUUGACACAUGAUUUGACUUGAAUAAAACGAAGAAGGUUAUUUAGUCCUGGCACUUGAGAUUCAACAGGCACCUCAAAGCAAGCUGAAAAGCCAAGUAAAUAAAGAUUUGCUACUAAGUCAAUAUCAAGCAACAAAACCUGAAGCCACAAAAAAUGAUUAAAUAGUUAAAAACAAUUGUUUUGUAGUCAUCACAUCCUGAUGACUUUUUUUUUAUAUAUAAACUCAGAAGCACCUGCAUGACCUUAAAAGGGCUCUCAAACAAGUUUGGGUGAAACACUAGAUUGUAAUCAUUAACCUGACCCCCUGCAACACUUAUACCCCAUUGGAUCUGAUCAAAAAAUCUGCUUUGUACACAAACACCUUUUCAUGAUCCUGCUAAAAAUGAGCCGGUAUCCAAUCCUGUUUUUUGAUCCUAUUAGUACAACCGGCCCCAGGUCACUGAUGUGAAGUGCAUUUACUUUACUACUAAGUACUAUGGACUAUUUGGAAACUGGACAACUCAUGUAAAAGCUACAUGUAAAUCGUAUAUAAAUUACUUUGUUGUAAUGAUAUUGCACAAAAUCAUCAUUAGUAAGUCACAAUUACAAAGCUCUGAAUCUCAUAUUCAAAUGUGACAUUUUCCAAACAAUUUGCAACGACUUCACGUACUUCUCUCGCUGCCUUCUCCAGCCAGUGACGUCACAGGAGCGAUUUCCAGCAAUGGCGGAUUACAGUUUGAUAAAAUGCAGAAUUUAAACAGCUCGUUUGACAUAAACCAAUCAAAAACAAUCAAAACAAACCUGAGAUUACAUUGCUUUCCCAUCUAUUUUAUCAUUUACAAACAAACCAAAAAGUGUUUCUUAUCCCCUUUUAAGAUAACUGCUAUUUCACAGCUGCGCAGAGUUGCUCUUUAAGCUAACUAUAAAGAGCUCAGGCCUUUUAAAUGCAGAAUGGCUGAUUAAAAUUGGCAUUGCAAAGGUUGAUCAUUUGAGUAUACUUUAAACUCAUUAUUUAAACCUGUCAUUGACAUGCAUAAUAGUGGUAACUAGUAUGUAAUAUGCUUGAUCUACAAAGCUGCAGUGGAACAUAUUGCACAGUGUCUCAAUAGUAAAAGAAAGCUGUUUAGUUACUGAAGCUACAGUGAAAUGUUUUAUAUGUAUGGCUGUAUUUAUUUGUAUUUACCUUUGACCUAGUUGGCACUGAACCAACAACCUUUAUUAGCAGUCAUUGUUUCCUUGAUGGAUUACAUCAAUAUUGAGAGAUUCACAACAUAUCUUGCUUAAUAUGCAAAUGUUUAACAGUUUCAUCAUGACAACUGUAUCUUUUGGAUAUAUCUUAUACUCAGUACUGACAUUGUUUUGCCAGUAUCACUACUACACUACUGUAUGUUAACAAAUUGUUAUUUUUUUAGAGGUAAAUAGUACAGCUGGAACACAAAAAAUGAACUUUUUAAAAAGCGAAUCAAUUUAAAAUAUGAAGUGUAUGCAUCUUUUUUUAAUGCAUUUGUUUUACUUUUUUUUAUUGGAGAGUGUAUUGAAUUAAUUCCUGUAUUUAUUUAUUUAUUUAUUUUGGCUUCUGUAACAGUCCAAAUCAGUGAAAGGAUGUUGACACCCCUCAGCUCCUUCCUUGAGCUUCUUGCAAGGUAGCUAUGGCAGCCCUGUCUUGUUUGACUAAUAAGAUUGUUCUUUUAUGUUUAUCACCCAACACUAAACUGUCAAAAUUCUGUACCUGUGCACAACAUGAUUUUAAAAAGGGGCAAAAAGGGAUAAUUCUCCACAUGCAUGUAUAUACCAACACAGGAUAAUGACAAAACAUUGAUUGCAAAGUACUGUACAUUUCUAUUUGCCCUUUUUUAAUAGUUUCAGAUUAAUCUUUAAAAAGCUGCAACUUGAAUAUUAUUGAUCGUAUAUUUUGCUCAGCAGAAUGUAUAUUUAGCUUUUUUUAGUCUGGGCAUGUAUGAAAGAAUGGGGCCAGUGGAUAAAGCACUAUAGUAAAAUUAUAUAACUAAUACUAUUCAACUUCUUUGGUAAAUGGUAAAGUGCUAGUACAUUUUUAUACAUAGUGCCUAUGUUCCAUAUUGAAAGCACCUGCCCCCUAAUAAAUAAAUGGAUAAUUUAUAUAAAUUGGUUUUUAUUAUCCACUGUGUAUUUAUUUAGAAAUGUUUGAAGCAGCUUUACAUAAGGUAAUUGCAUUGGAUUUCUUUGUGUUGUACAACUUUUUUUUAUUUCUUAUCAUGAUGUGUUGUUUUGUGCAAUAAAAUAUAAUAAGCA